CCUGGUGCUGCGCCUUUGAGGGCUGCAGUUGGAAAAGUGCCUCUUCCCACCUUCGGACAGCUCCGGCAUCCUCUUCAGCGUCGAACUACUGCCUUCCUUUUCUCUGGGAGCCUCGGAGCUAUCGCGAAGAGAUCUCUCCUUGACAAUGUUCGAAGGACAACUUCCUCCCUUCGACCCCUCUUCUACAGACCUCAAGGCAUCCAAUCCUUGGCUCCGGCUGGCGAUCCAUCCAAGCUUCAGUACUUAUAAGUUUUGGAAUGCUCCAGUUCCUCUCUUCUCCCUCACCAAGCCCUCCCUCUUCUGCAGUUCUGUCGCUCUUCGUCUUCUCUAAUCCGGCCUCAAGCUGUUAAUCCAAUUAUCUAUUACUUGUUCAUAAAUCCAUGUAUUUCAUAGACCUAUUCAUAUUUUGGUGCCUGGCUUUCGGUGGCUUUAAUCUGUGCUUGCUAUUAUUUUUAGAUCAACUAGGUCAUGCCCUGAUCCUUGAUUUUCUUCUUCUUCUUCUUCCUCUUCUUCUUUUAUCGUUGUGGAUAUGUGAUGUAGGCUGGAUUUGGUUGCUGAGGACCAUAUAGGAUGCCAUAAUACAAGUAUUCAUUCAUUUUCCCGAAUCAUGGAUGGAAAUUUUCACUGCUGGAAUAGGAAUAUUCGUGGUGAAGGAUAUUGGAACUCUCAAAUGUUGUGCAGAAGCUAAUGAAAAAAGAAACAGUUGAAACUUAGAUUCGUAUCCUGUAUAUUUGCCUAGAAGUUAUCAGGGUAGCGAAAAUAGAUAAAUGACUCCAAAAAAAUAUCAUUGAAUAACUAUGUUAGAACUCAUCAUUAUGUAAACAGUAGCGUUGGUAUGUGCAGUAUAUACAUUUAUUAAGAUUUAUAUGUAAGUUUCCUUUGUUCUCAAUUCUUUUUAUUUGUAAGAUAGUAAGAAAUUUCCAAAAGAUGUUCUUUUACCUUCUAGGUGUUACUACCGAUCUGCUUCUGUCUGUCAUUAUUGGUUUUUAAGUCUCAAUGCAAUAUAUAAACUUUUGCAUAUACUAUGCAAUGAUACAUAACUUUUCACGUGUACAGAUAUUUGUGAUGAUUAGUAUUAUAUGUAAUAUUUUUUUUCUUCUAAAUAUUGAAUAUUACACUUACAAUAAGGUUAGAGGAAUCCAUUUUCUGGCACAAGUAGUUGAGUUUGAUAAUGGAGUGCAUGUAGAAAAACAGAGGAUAUGUUAUAAUAUCUAAACACAUAUUUAAACAUCUUAUGUUGUUACUUGAUACUCAUUGCGAAGUUAUUGUUAUUUAAAAAAGAUAUUUUCAUUCGGAAAAUGAUCUUCCUUUUGCUGUCCAAUUUUUGUUAUAUUGAUAUAUUUGUUGUUUGUAGGCUCUUCAUAGAUCAAUAGAUUUUUCUAAAGUUAUGAGUUUGACUUGAGAAUUUUGGUGCAAGUGUUGAUUUUGUUUAAUACAUAAAUAAACAAACUUUGAUGAUUUGUAUGGUCUGGUUUAUCCAUAUGGGAUGAUUUUGCCAUUCAUGUCCAAGAUGAAUUUGGUUGUUAUUUCUAGGUUAUUAGUCAAAUAAAGUUAUCAUGUUCAACUACGUAUUUAGAAUGUUAAUAAGCUUAUGGUUGUAAUUGUCACUUAUUACUCGUAAGUGGGAUAAAACUCAGCACUAUAUUUACAAAGUGAUUGCAUCUUCUACGGUUAUGUCCAACCAAACAGCUUCUUUGAACUUAUAGCUCUCAGUUACAACCUUACAACUCGAAAACAAUAACAUUUGCAGUUGUAGCUUUUCAAAAAUGAUAAAUUUAGCUACAGCAACUCAAUUAUAUGUAUUUCCAGGAGCAUGCAACUUGACCUAUGGUGCACUUUAGUUGUAGGGAACCAACCAGUAAGAGAUGGAUUGCACACUUUAGAGUAAUUCUUUAAAAUUUUUAAGAAUUCAAAUUAAUAAAGGACUGUGCAAAUUGAAGAUCCAAAUUGUUAAACAUGAUCUUUAUGACAAAUAAUGCCUAGAAUCCAAAAUUCAUUUUAGUGUCUCUAACCUCAACAUCAAAGGGCUACAAAGAAUGAUAAUUUAAAUGGCAUGUGCUAUGUUUUUACAUGAUCUAAUCAUCAAAAACUAGUGAAUUUAAGUCUUUAAGAUGCAUAAAUCAUGAUCAACAAAGUGGAUUUUCAGUUUAUAUAUCUUAUCAUGCAUUUCAGCACACUAGUGUAAUUGAUAUGGUUCAUUUUGGUAUCCACUUGAUACAUAGCUUAGAGACAAUAAAAAAUAUGCAAAUUUUGUUUUCUAGGUAUUUUUUUUGUAAUAUAGGUCAUUUUUAGCGGUAUGGAUAUUCAAUUUGGAUGACUUGUUAUUGAUUUUGAAAUCAUUAAAAAUCUUUUAUUAGAUAUUCAAUAGAAAGUGUAUCAUGUAACCCAUAUAGUUAUGUAAAUUAAAAUUUGAGGAUCAUGAAGGUGGAUUGAAAAUUGAGGGUCAUGAAGUUUCUAAGAGUGAUCGUUUUUUCUAUUUAGAAUUUGAUUAUUCAUAAAGAAGGGGAGAUUGAAGAGGAUGUUAUCCAUAAGAUUGACAUAGGUUGAAUAAAAAUGAGAAGUGUAAUUGAGAUGCUAUGUGAUCUAAGAUACCUUCCAAGUUGAAGAAAAGAUUUUAUAGAACAACCAUAUGACCAGGUAUGCUUUCUGGUAUAGAUUGUUGAAUAGUUAGAAUGCAACAUAUGCACAAGAUGAGUGUGGCCAAAAUGGCAAUAUUGAGAUAGAUAUGGGUAAUACAAGAAAAAGAUAGAACUUUUUAAGAAAUGAAGUCAUUCAUAAAAGGGCCGAGGUAGCACUACUUGAGGGCAUAUCGAGAGAAGGACAACUUAAAUGGUUUGAACAUGUAUAAUGCAGGCCAAGGAAUGCAUCGAUACGAAGAGUGAUUUGAUACAUGCAGAAAGAACGAAGAGGGACAAGAUAGACUGAAAAUCAUAUGGAAUGAAGUAAUAAGGACGAACUUGAUACCUAAACAUUUUUAAGAAUGUAUGGUCCUAAACCGAGUGAAAUGGAGGAAAAGGUUUCAUAUAGCUGACCCCAACUAGUUUGGGAUCAAGGCUUAGUUGAGCUGAGUUGAUAAGAAUAUUUAAAAUUUAUAAUUUCAAUUAUUUGAACCAAUAUUUUUUAAUAUAUUAUUAUUUUUGAUAACUUAUGAUGAGAUGAAUGUGAUACAAUCUCAAGUCUCAACACUUCACCCCUCCUUUUUUUUUUGGUACAUCGGCGGCUCACACCUGACGAGUGUGAAGAUGGCCAACAAAAUCAGAAAACAAAAUGCUGCGCAAAGGCGUAGGCACAGCCUUGUGGUCUAUCCAAAAAAGCCUCCCGAGUGAUGAGCUGCGAAGGAAGCAACCCAAUCUGCAGCACCGUUCGCCUCCCGAUAUUCGUGCGUGGCCUGGUAGGAGACAACCUCCCCCAAAGCUCUGCGGAUAUCGUGGAGCAGCGGCCGGUCCUCAACUGAGCACCCCUCUUCCCGGAUCCACCCGAUCACCGUGGUCGAGUCCCCCUCGAGAAGGAUGCGACUCGCACCUAGUACCCGCCUCGCAUGGGAGACACCAUCCCAGGCCGCCCGAAGCUCCGCGGUCACCACUGAUGAGUCAAAAAUCCUCCGUCCACUUGCCGCCACAAGUCUGGCGUCAUGAUCCCUAAUAAUAAAUCCCCACACCUCCGCAGUUCCCAUCCGCUGAUACGCUGCCAUCAAAGUUCACUUUAAGAAAGCCAGGAGGUGGGGGUACCCAGGAUACUAAUAUCGUCCUGGAUGCUGCAGAAGCAGAAUGGGGGCUCCAGAUGUCCCUGACCAACCCAGUAGGUGGAGCCUCAAUAGUGCCGGUGAUCUCCGCCGCAUGCCGUAGAGCUCGGUCCGCCACCAUCCUCGGAUGGAGGCUCUCGCCGUCGAAAAUCCGUGUAUUCCUCUCCAGCUAGCAGUGAUAGGCCAGGUAGGCUUCACGAAUCCCCCUCUCCUCUCGUACAGACCCCCGGAUCGAGGCCUCCAAAUGUCGUAGGAACUCCUCAGUGGACGUCCACAUCUACCUCUAGUCAAGCUGAGCUGAAGCAUAUCUCCAUAUCUGACUGGCUCUCGGGCACCCAAAAAGAACAUGGUAGAUGGUCUCCUCCGUCGCCUGACAAGCUCCACAUCCAGCAGGAACCCUCACUCCCCGCCUCACCAGAACCCCACUAGUAGGUAAACACCCUCAAGCCACCUUCCACAGGAACAAGGCCACUCGGGGGUGAAUGUGCAUCCUUCAAAUCCAGCCGCAGUCCAUCUGUCGCGCUGAGGGCCCUCUACCUAUUGACAAGAGGUCUCGAACUCUCACAGUCGUCCUCCCUGUCCUGCUCCAUACCCUCCUGUCCACUGCCUCCCCCUCUGAGAUCGGCAGAGCCAGGACGCGCUCAGCAAGGUGCUCCCCGAAUACCUGCCGAACAAGACUCGCGUCCCACCUCCGCUCCCCCUGGGCAAAUAAGGCACACACUCCUUCACCCCUCCUUUGCAGAAAUUUCGGCUCCAUCGUUUAUGUUUUGAUUUCGGAAAUCUAAUUUUCUGAUUAUAGUAUGCUAUAUGUUAAAUAUGAAACCAGAUCAUUAAGUUUUAGCUAGCACAUUAGUUAAUUGGAGUAAGGAUACUUGUGUUCCUAUCUAAAGGUUAUACUGUCAUUUUAGAGGUUGUAGGCUUCUUGAUUUUUUGUUCCACUAUCUGAUUUAUUGUUUUAUGCCUUCUUUUAAACUUUGAUACAUCAACUUGGUGAGUAUAGGCAUGGAUCUUUCUUGGGAAAAGAUUUGUGUACUUCCAAGUAUGAGAAAGGGGCAUCCUUCCUCUCCUUGUAAGUGGUUAGCUUUGAGUCUGCAUGGUGCAUUCCCAAGUAUUUGAAAUUGAAUAGUUUAUUUGAGUUGAGUCUUCCUCCCCUCCCCCCUCUGGGAAAAGAAUCAGAGGGCUGGUACAAUGAUAUCCUUACAAAACUAUAUUUGGUAACUAAGACAGCUUAGCAUAUUAAUUUAUUUAGAAACUUUGAAAGAGCAUUGAGGAUUACCAACAAUGGUUACAGGAAUUUCAUAAUAUAAAUAGUACAAUUGGCUUCCAUUUGAUGCCUCUUUAUCAUUCAAAGCUUACAUGUGAUAUGUGCUAAACUUAGUAGAUUAGGUGCUACUCUACAUUCUCAUGGAAAGCACCUCAGCAAAACUUACUUUGCUGGACAAAGGGACUUUUGCAGGACAUGUCAAGUUUGAUCUUGCACUCUCUGUUUGUUAUUGUUGUUGUCGUUGUGGUCAUCAUCAAUUUAUACUAAACUUUCAGUUCCCUCCAUCAAACCAUUAAGAUUCUUUCUUUGCAAGAGAAGAAUAACAGGUUGCAUCAUCCUAUUCACAUCCGGUGCUUUAGUCAAUGAAAAGGGUAAGAUUUGACCAAGCACAUUAUAGGGACUCCGGUUGAAAGACAUGAUGGCAUGUCAACCUUGAGAUGAUGCCGACUUUGUUUCAACAAAUAUCCUUCUGGCAGAAGGUGCAUGUCUUUACCGGACUUUUGCUUGUGAAGCAAUGACCAUUUAGUGCUGCACAACCACCAUUGGGGACAAACCCCUUGUCAGCCAUCUCCAUAAAUAAAUUCAUUAGCCUGACCAUGACACAGCCCAGCACUGCAUCCACCUCAUCCUUGGUCAAGCUGGAAUCAUGACUGUCAUCAAACAGACCGAAAUGGUUCAUACAACAAGUGGAUUGGAAUGCUUAGAUCGACCAUCAUUACACAUGGUUUAUAGAUCUCAUAAUAAUAUAGAUGUAUGUAUUGGCAUAAAAAGUAUACAUAUAUAUUUUUUUCCUUUCUUCAUCCUACUCCUGUGGAAGUAUGGAAGGAAUUCUCAUUUGAUGAGUAUAGAAUACCUUCCCCUCCUUUCUGUCUUCUACUUCUACUUCUUCUUCUUCAUCUGCUUCUAGAGCAUCACAACAUCAUUUUUCUAUCUUAAUUUCUUCUCCUUCCCUCUUCUUUGCCCUAUUUGAUUUUCAUUUUUAAGAUGCAACUAACAAGUCCUCACUGACUUGGGCACAAAUCAAGACUGUGUUACUAGUUAAAACUUAAAACCAUUGUAGUAGCCCCAUUAUAAUGAUCCCUAUUGAAAUGGCUGUUGCUUAUUAUAAUUGUUAUAAUUGCUGUUAUUUACCAGAAUUUAUUUCAAUGAGAUUAUUUGAAAAUAAAAUAUUACCUAUUAUAGUAUGGCUGUUAUUUGUUAAUAUAAUAUAAAAUAACUUGUUCGCCGAAAUAACUAUCUGCCCAAUUAACAUGCACCACACAUGAUUCCUUUGAUUGACAAUUAGUUUUUAUACACUUUUCCAGCCUGGAUGUCAUAAUGCACAUUAAUGGCCUUGUUUGAGCGUUAAUUGAAAUACAUCCCCUAAAGAGCCGGAGAACCUAAAAGAGGCUCGGUUUGAUAGUUUUAGCCCAUCUCCCUAAAAAGGAUUCUCAUCUCACACUCGUUCAAACAUUCUCACAGCCACCACAUUGUCUUCUUUCUCCCUUUGGUACCUAGUUGCAUUAAGUGUGCAUCUACAACAACUUUAAUAUUUUCGGUCCUUGUAUGAAUAUUAAAUUAUGUAAAAAUGCAUGCAACAAGAUCCCUUGAAUAGUGGAUUAUUAUAGAUAAAUUCCUGGCCAAUUUCUUACAGUUCACAUUAAUUCUUUCUACUUGAGCAUUGUAGGGACCUUUUGCCAAGGAGUGCUUGUGGGUGUUACAAGAGGUAGUGUGUUUAAGAUUCCACUGGUAUAAAUUAGCAAGUGAUAAUAUCAAUGGAUAUUAAAAGUAAGCCAGACAUCCACCAUACAUGAUUCCUUCAGUUGACCAUUAAUUUUUCUACACUGUCCAUGUGAGAUAAUAAUGCACAUUAAUGCCGCCUGUUUGAGAAUUAAUUGAAAUACAUCCCCUAAAGGCCUGAAACUUAGAGGAGGCUUGAUUUGACAGUUUUGGCCCUUCUCUCUAAAAAUUAUUCUCAUCUCACACUCUUUUUUCAACCAUUGUCACGGCCACUACCUUGUCUUAUUUCUUCUUCUGGUGCCCAGCUGCAUUGAGUUUGCAUCUUCAGUAAAUUUACUCUUUCUAAUCAUUGGUCAUUAGCCCAGAAUAUGUUCUUAUCAAAACUAUUUCCUUACCCUUCACAAAUAGGACUUCACUUCCAACUAGGCUUUCGCUUUUCUUUUCUGUAGUUUUUGACCUUUUUUGGAAGUUUAUAGAAAAGGACGGAGCAUUGCAAGUGGAGGAAAGGGAAGCCAUGGAUGUCAAUAGAAGUUCAGAGAGCAUCAACAUGGACGAGGUUGAUAGAGCCAUGUCGAGUGCUUACUCCAUGGUGGUGAAUGGUCUGUCUCAACUAUAUCAUUUGAGCCAGAGUCAGCAGAUGCUAGCAUUCCAAGCUGGCGAACGGCACAGCCUGGAAAAAGUUCGACGGUGGAUCUUAGGAAGAUGGGGAGGAGGGUAUCGACCAACUGUAGCAGAAAUUGAUAUAUACAUUCAGCAUGAGCUUGAUUUUGAUGGAGUCAACUCCACAAGAAUCACAACCCAGGAUCAACAAACUAGAAUGAGUGCCUCUAUGUUAAUGGCUUCCCCAGUCACUCCAGUGCAAUGUGGAGCUCAGCGGAACAGCAAUCCCAUGUUUGCAACUGCUCCAUCCAGGUUUUCAAGGGGAGAGCAGCAACCAUCCUUGAUCCAACCUGGGAGAUAUUGUCAUGGGGAUGGUUCUUGGUCUCAUCGUGAGAGCAACGGAGAAACUAUAGAACCUCAUAUUACACAGCCAUGCAAUUCUGAAACGCAAAGACAAGACUGGGCAAUGGACCUGAAUGUCUACGACCCCCAGUUCAAUUGCUAAUGAACUGAGCAUGCAGGAGAUACGGAUGAAGUCGAGCAUGGUAUAUACCCAGUGGCUGAUGGCAAGUUGCAGGCAUGCACAGGGCAAUCUUCUUUACAAACUUCGCCCCUGAAACUGUUUCUUUACAAACUCCAUCCUUAGGAUUUGAGUGCAUGAACUUUCAUACUCAGUUGUUUCUUUUGAUUGAUCCUUUGUGUUUGGUUAUUGGCACUUAUGUUAUUUCUGUUUGUUACUUAACUAUUCAGGUCAUGAUCUGACCUGUGUAGCCCCCCUAAGACUGCUUAACCCCAGGAAUUUGUAUCUGCUUUGGGGUAAGGAGGCUCAAUUGCUGCCAUGUAGCUCUUGGGUUAUAGGCUGUCAAGUAAUAGAUUAUUUUUUCUUUAAUUUA